UCCGGGAGCGCCUGGGCGGCGCGCCCGCCCGCAGCCGGGCUUCCCCGCACGGCGCACCUCGGCGAGCGCGCGGCCCGGCCGCUCCCUGCGGACAUGGGCGCGUCGGCGCGGCUGCUGCGCGCGGUCAUCAUGGGGGCGCCGGGCUCGGGCAAGGGCACCGUGUCGUCGCGCAUCACCAAGCACUUCGCGCUGAAGCACCUCUCCAGCGGGGACCUGCUCCGAGACAACAUGCUUCGGGGCACAGAAAUUGGUGUGUUAGCCAAGACUUUCAUCGACCAAGGGAAGCUCAUCCCAGAUGACGUCAUGACGCGGCUGGCUCUGCACGAGCUGAAAAACCUCACCCAGUGCAGCUGGCUGUUGGAUGGUUUUCCAAGGACACUUCCACAGGCAGAAGCCCUGGACAGAGCCUAUCAGAUAGACACAGUGAUCAAUCUGAACGUGCCCUUUGAGGUCAUUAAGCAACGGCUCACGGCUCGCUGGAUUCAUCCCGCCAGCGGCCGCGUCUACAACAUUGAAUUCAACCCUCCCAAAACUGUGGGCAUUGAUGACCUGACCGGAGAGCCUCUCAUUCAGCGUGAGGAUGAUAAGCCAGAGACGGUUGUCAAGAGACUGAAGGCGUAUGAAAUCCAAACACAGCCAGUCCUGGAAUAUUACCAGAAAAAGGGGGUGCUGGAAACAUUCUCCGGGACAGAAACCAACAAGAUCUGGCCCUACGUCUAUGCUUUCCUGCAAACCAGAGCCCCACAAGUAAACCAGAAGGCGUCCGUUACCCCAUGAGGAAAAGGGCAUAAAACCAGUCUGAUGAGCAGGGGCUCUGCGGCUGGAGCCUGGCAUGUAGGAACUUUUUUGGAAAUUACAUUAGUUUCAGUUGUACCGAUUUUACUCUGGAAAUUAAGGAUAUGUCCAAUGACGAAGAUUCAUAUUUCCGUCCAGUGCGCUUUAUCCACUUAUCUUCUAUGGGCGUGCAGCUAAAAAAUAUCAGCUACGUCUUAACUUUUGAAAAAUCUUCUAAAGGAGAAUUAAAAGAGCAAUUGUUAGUAAUGGAACUUUUGUUCAGAAGAGGAAGUGAUACAAAUUUCAUUUUUCUGGAAAAGCUAAAAAAAAAUUCUGGGUCGCUAUGGAAAGUAUCUCAUCAGAAAAAUUUGCGUAGACUGUUGCCAAAAACACCGGCCUCACUGGCAUCGUGAUACAUGGUUUUGGGACACUAGGUCUGUCAAAUUCCAGGACACAAGCAACUGGAAGUGCACGUUAGUUUCAGGAUGCAAAGUCACUGCUGCCUUUAUACUAGGAAACUUACAAGUGUAGCUGUUCUUCCCCGUGUUUAUUUUGUUGUUAAACACGCCUUCAGUUUACUCAGAUUUUUCAGUCUGCUAUAAAACUGUAUUAAACUGGCAUACAGGAAAAUACUAUGUUACUAUGACAUGUUGUCUUUUGAGAAUACGUGUACUGAGGAAAAAUGUUAGAAAGUGAUAUUAGAAGUUCUUCCAAAAACGCCGAAGUUGAAUCGUCCACAGAAAACGUAAUUACAGUCUUAUGUUUUCAGGUAUUACUCAGGUUAAGAAAUAUGUGCCACUUGCCAGUUUCUCUUUUUGAUCACUAUGUAACUAACCUCUGCCUUGAAGAGUAACCAGUUAAAGUACAAAAAGAAGAGCAAAGCCAUGGCCUAAGUGAAGCAAGCAUAUGGGGUCAUCAGGAAGUAGACACAGGAAUGCCUGGGGAGCGGCCCCUUGACACAGGGAACAAUCUUAGUAAUCAGGUGUAGCGAUUAAGGAUUUACCUGAAAGGUUGAAAAGGACCGGGAAGGUGACGGAGUUUGCUGAAGGUCUUUGCUCCUCAUCAAAGAAGUGGACACCUGCUAGCUUUCCCCGCUGCCCCAUGAGACGGCAGCCAUCGAAGAGUGAAGACUAUUUGAUUUCUUCGUGGGGCAGCAAGGGUGCACGCUUCUGUCCCGUGGCCUGCUGGGAAGAGCGGCGCAAUGGGGGAGGGGGGAGGGGAAGCGCAACUACGUCUUCAGUGGCUAUUUACUCGUUUCACCUGGUGCUGAAUCAAAUGAAACGAGUCCUCGAACAAGCUGUUGUUGACUGCCUGUGCACAUCUGGCCCGUUUUAUUGCGGGACUUAAAAUACACAUGCCAGCAAGUGGCUAUUUUGUAGGGGAAAACUUGGUUUAUUUUCUUUUGAUUUUUAAAAAUUCAAUGUUGAUCUUUCAGAAUGGACCAAGGCUUUUAAAAAGAACAGUAAACAUUUCUUUAUGAAACUUCCUACAAUGCUUUAUUUGAAUGUCAUUAUGUGCUUUCUAAAACUUGUGAACUACUAAGCUUAGGAAUUGUCACUGGGUUAGCAGGUACACGAGUAUUAACGUACUACAAUAAAGUUGGAUUUUAGAAGUG